AUGUGGCUCCGCGACAGCGCCCGCCAGCUGCAGUCCUACCUCCCCUUGCUGACCCCCUCACCCUCAUCUGACUCCCUGGCGAGCCUCUUCCGUGGAACGGUGAACACCCAGGCAAGAAAUGUCCUCUCAGCUGGGUACUGCAACUCGUUCCGCCCGCCCCCCGAGUCAGGCAUCAUUUCUGACGAGGAGGGCGGGGACAAAGACGUGGUGCGUCCGGAGUAUGACAGGGCUGGGGUUUUUGAGUGCAAGUGGGAGGUCGACUCGCUGGCUUCGUUUUUGGAGUUGUCGAGGGAUUAUUACUUUUCCACGCACGAUAUCGAGUUUUUUGCCCGACAAGGAAAUUGGACUGGGGCGGUGAGGAGGGUGGUGGAGGUGGGGAGGGGGAUGCAGAGGGGGACGACGUAUGGGGCUGAUGGGAGGGUGUUGGGGAGUGGGUAUAGCUUUGCGAGGAUGACGACGCGGUCGACCGAGACGUUGGCGAAUGAUGGGGCGGGAAGCCCUGUUGCUUCGGGGACGGGGUUGGUCAGGAGUGCGUUUAGGCCUAGUGAUGACGCGACGACGUAUCAGUUUUUGGUGCCGGGGAAUAUGAUGUUUUGUGUGGCUUUGGCGGGGGCGGCGGUGAUUGCCGAGGAUUUGGGGGAGCAAGAGCUGGCGGGGGAGAUGAGGGCUUUUUCGAGGGAGGUGAGGGAGGGGAUUGAGAAGUUUGGGGUUGUGGAGGUGGUGGGGGAGGAUGGGGUGAGCAAAGAAAAGGUGUACGCGUAUGAGGUGGAUGGGUUUGGGGGGGUGGUGCUGGGGGAUGAUGCGAAUCUGCCGAGCUUGCUGUCGGCGCCCGUGAUGGGGUACGUGGCCGGUAGUGAUCCGGUUUAUCAGGCUACGAGGAGACGGAUCCUCAGCAGGAGAAAUCCGUACUAUGCUGAUGGGGAGGUGGUCAGGGGGGUUGGGUCACCGCACACGGGCCCGGGCAAGGUUUGGCCUAUGAGUUUGGUGAUGCAGAUUAUGACGAGCGAGGAUGAUGAGGAAAUUAGGGGCGCGUUGAAACAAAUUUUAGGGAGUACGGAUGGGUUGGGGCUGAUCCAUGAAAGCAUUGACGGAUGGGAUAGCACAAAGUGGACGAGGGAGUGGUUCAGCUGGGCCAAUGGGUUGUUUGGGGCGAUGAUUGUGGAUUUGGCGAAAAGGAAAGAGGGUUUGUUGAGAGAGAGCUUCCAGUGA